CCUCCUUUCUCCCCCUCCUCCAUUUUGUUCGCGGACGCUGGGGACGGUGGGAGCAGAUCCAUUUCCGGGUUGGCAAAAGGGGCGGCGGCGGCGAGAAGGGGAGCUUGCCGCGGGGCAAGCAGGACGGGACGGAGCCAGAGCCGAGGUGGCGGAGGAGUCGCUCCCGGAGCCGCUGCGGCCAGAUCUUGAGUGAAUGCUAUGUGUUGGUGGACUUUAAACCACAACCCAGUGACAGGGGAUUCUAGGAAAAGUAGUUCCCAGACCUCCAGCCUCCCUUCUCUCCUGUGAGUCCAGAAGGGAGUAGAGGUAUAUGAGUGACCCAAAGCUGCAGAUUAAAACGGAGAGAGAGCAGUGCCAGCUGCACGCAGGGCAAGGAUGCCAAUUCCUCCUCCUCCUCCACCACCCCCCGGUCCUCCUCCACCUCCCACUUUUCAUCAGGCAAACACCGAGCCGCCCAAGCUGAGUAGAGAUGAGCAGCGGGGUCGAGGUGCCCUCUUACAGGACAUCUGCAAGGGCACUAAGCUGAAGAAGGUGACCAACAUUAAUGAUCGGAGCGCUCCCAUCCUCGAGAAACCCAAAGGAGGCAGUGGUGGUUACGGUUCUGGAGCAGCUGCCCUGCAGGCCAAGGGAGGUCUCUUCCAAGGAGGAGUGCCAAAGCUGCGCCCUGUGGGAGCCAAGGACAGUUCAGAGAACCUGGCUGGUAAACCGGCCCUCCAAGUCCCCAGUUCCCGAGCUGCUGCCCCGAGGCCUCCAGGGACCACAGCCAGUGGGCGUCCUCAAGAUGACACAGACAGCAGCCGGGCCUCACUCCCGGAGCUGCCCCGGACCCAGAGACCCUCGUUACCGGACCUCUCUCGGCCCAAUCCCACCAGCAGUACGGGGAUGAAGCACAGCUCCUCUGCCCCUCCUCCGCCUCCCCCGGGGCGGCGUGCCAACGCCCCCCCCACGCCCCUGCCUAUGCAUGGCAGCAAGGCCGCGGCCUACAACAGAGAGAAGCCCCUGCCACCCACGCCCGGACAGAGGCUUCACCCGGCUCGAGAGGGACCUUCCGCUCCACCCCCAGUCAAGCCGCCUCCUUCCCCUGUGAAUGUCAGAUCGGGACCAAGUGGCCAGUCUCUGGCGCCGCCUCCGCCGCCUUACCGCCAGCCUCCUGGGGUCCCCAACGGACCCUCCAGCCCCACGAAUGAGUCAGCCCCCGAGCUGCCACAGAGACACAAUUCUUUGCAUAGGAAGACUCCAGGGCCUGCCAGAGGCCUGGCGCCUCCUCCACCCACCUCAGCCUCCCCUUCUUCACAGAGUAAUAGGCCACCUCCCCCAACCCGUGACCCUCCCAGCCGGGGAGCAGCUCCUCCACCCCCGCCACCAAUUAUCCGAAAUGGUGCCAGGGAUGCCCCCCCUCCCCCACCACCAUACCGAAUGCAUGGGUCAGAACCCCUGAGCCGAGGAAAGCCCCCACCUCCACCCUCAAGAACGCCAGCUGGGCCGCCUCCGCCACCACCGCCCCUGAGGAAUGGCCACAGAGAUUCCAUCACCACUGUCCGAUCUUUCUUGGAUGAUUUUGAGUCAAAGUAUUCUUUCCAUCCAGUCGAAGACUUUCCUGCUCCAGAAGAGUAUAAACACUUUCAGAGGAUAUAUCCCAGCAAAACAAACCGAGCUGCCCGUGGAGCUCCACCUCUGCCCCCCAUUCUCAGGUGAAGCCUGGCUUGGUCCUGUUCCUCAGGAAAAGGAUGGACCCUCUCCUCUUCUCAGAUGGUCCCUUCCAUUCCCCUGAAACCUGCAUGACAGCUCCUGACGUGUUUCUCCAGUGCAACCAACCUCUAGACUCCAAGUGUCCUCCCAACUCACCUCCAUCUAUGCAUCUCAUCUUUGGACUUGGUGACCGGACUCUCUGUAUUGACAGUAGGGCCUCAAACCCUGCAUCCAUCCCUCUAGCAAGCCCUGCUGGCCAGAUGAGGGAGAAGCUUCCAUGUCUCCUGCUUUCCUCUGGGGAAAGGUGCCUUGUUGUGAUGAAUGAACUCAUUGUCGGGGUGGGGUGGGCUGGAGAAUGGUCCUCCCACCUUCUCCUACCCACUGUAGGGAAGUGGGGGGAGAGGAACUUGGUGGCUACAUUAUAUUUCUUCAUUUUAGGAAGCUGGUAUGGCCAGGACUUCCAGGAGUGGGCAUUUUUAGUGAAACAGGAAAGGAGUUUGCAGAGAAAUGAUCUGUUUUAAAGGUCAGGUUUGGAGCAUAGGCAAGGAAAUGGAUCUGCUCUAUUUUUGGGGGUAUUUUGGUUUUGCUGUAACCCCACCCCACGCCCAUACCCAGAAUUAGGCUGGAUAUAAACACUAAAUACUAACCAGUUGAACUAAACAUCAAUGAAAAGAGAGGGUGAAAUAAACUGGGCAUCCUUUCAGAGCUAGUCAGUUUCUCUGCAGCACAGGGACCAGGGGCCAUGGUGGGUGCACUCUGGGACUCCCUGCUCCACUUGUGCAGGUGCUGAGGCUGAGGGAUGUUGUUGUUCUCUCACCACCUUAUCCCCUCAAGAGAAAAGUCCCUUUCAUUCAUUCAUUAUGGAUUCUCAAAUCCCUAAAACCUCUAGUGAGAGAGAGGAAAAUAGGACCUUGGCCUUGGCCUUAACCUUGACCUUGAGGCUGCCUCAGUCUUUUACUGCCUGGCCCCAGAGGCCGCUGGCCCUUCCAGUGCAGUUCAGAAACUGCAGCCCCCAGGAUGACGAAGGAGGGAAGGGUGAAGCCCCUUCUGGAAAGGUCCAGCUCUAUGGGCUGUGGAGACUUUUAACUAAGGCCCACCGGUUCUGAAAUUCACAGCUCAGCUGACUGAGCAGGCUCUUCCCAGUCCCUUCACCAUUCAACCGCAAGCCUGCAUAGGUUAACAUUUCUAAGUAGAGACAGGUGAGGAAGCUUCUGGGGGCGUCAAAGAUUCCUCUGUGCCAAGAAGCACAAUAACUUUGGUGAGAUGUGCUUCGAUCCAGUUGAUCUUCCGUGGCAGCCAGCAACAUGUUUCGUCUUCCAAGUCCCAGUUGAAGAGCCCAGAGGAAAUGGAGGUUCCCAAUCUUGGUAGGACGUGAGCUUGGCUCGUGGUACGGGGACUUGCCCUUCUCCGACAGCACAGUGGAGCUCCACGUCCAGCUGGUGUGGGUUGCUCAAGCCCUUGCGUGCAGAGGCUGCUCAGAGCUUGGAGUGAGAGCAGAGGAACCAUGCUAUCCUUUGGAACGAAUGGGGAAAAGUCCACGAAGACUUUUCACCAGAUACGUUAUAGGUCUAAACUGUCCUAGGGACCUUUCCAAUCUAUUGGAUCACAAACUAAGGGUCUUUUCAUGGUGCCCAGUGAAACCCAAGUCUUCCCACUGCUAGAUGAGAGAGCUCUCAACUUGGUUUAUUUGUCUGGGGUCUGCUGUCCUUUGCCAUCCCCUGGACCAUGCUGACUGUUGAGGCAAACCACGAUUAGGUCUGUCACCACACUUUUUCUAAUUGUUCUUUUAUUUAUGAUUCUUACUUUCACAUCUGUUAGCAGUUACCUCUCAGCAGUAUCCCUGGCAUCCUGAAGCCAGAGGAGCUGAGAGAGGAGAUGCUAGUGGAGGGCAAAGGAGGAAGUGCAAGACUUGACAUGCAGCAGAGUUCCAGGGUAGACACUGACGGUUACUGAACUCAGACUGUGAAGUCUUCCCAUUUAUUUUUGAAAUGGGAGUUGAUGCCUUUUGUACAAUGUUAUCAAAGUGUUACCUUCCCCCCCACCCCCGGCCACUCAAACACAGAGCAUUGAAAUAAGCGUUACACGUAAAAGCCAAACCCCAGGUUUUCACUGGGGCUACUUCAUCCUCCCCUGUGACCUGCUGCCCCCCAUAUUCCCCAGAAUUUGGACUGUGUCAUGUGGGUAUGUAUUGUACUUUCAGUUUCUUGGCCUCAUGGGAAAAGGCCUGGGAAUAGAUCUAGUCAGCUGGAUUUUCUUCUGCAGAGCAUGUUGAUGACACAGUACCUAUUUAAAUGUCUUUGCCUUAUACCUUAUUUGGUCCCUCUGUUAAUAACAGAUUUAUUAUCAUGUAUAUUUACUAUUGAAGAAUGGGAAUGUGAGCCUCAUAGUUACUGAUCUAUUUUGUACGCUGUAAAAAGCUUGUAAUAUAGGUUUGAGGUGGGCUGGCUAUAAGAGCACUAAAACUUCUCACCUUUUAAACUGCUCUUUUUAUCUGCUUGUGGGAAUGUCGUCUCUUCAGUGGAAGAUUGGGUGGUCUCAUGUUGAGGCUGUUGCCCAGUCCCAUUAACCCCCUUACUCCUUCCCAGAAGGAAGAGACGUUGCCCGGCCAAGCGUCAGGGAGCUGUGCUAAAAAAGCCCUUGUGUGGGUUUGGUUUUAUGCUGUUUUUCUCGAGUGGGAAAAACUUAAUAGUUUCUUCUUACCGCCCUUUCUGGGAAACAGGCCAGUGGCCUCCAGGUCUUUCAAUGAGCUCGAUGUCCCCGUGUCCCUCGUCUCUGGCCCCCGAACCUGGAUCACAGCACUUUAAUAUUCCAGGUUUUCUCUCUGAGGGGAGGUUUCCUCCAGCCACAGCGCCCCCAGUAGCUUUACCGCCUGGUCCCACUGAGCGAGGAGAGCACUUCAGGUUAUCCCACCCAACAGAUGGGAGGCUCCGGCCUCCAGAAAGUAUACCAGCUCUCCCAGCUGGCAGAGGCGAGGAGACUGGCCACUGCACUGGGGGCAUCCCCUCACCCCACAGCUUCCCAGCUUGAAACCCAGACUCACCUCCAGGGAGAGGUGAGAGAAAAUUGUAAAUAGACUUGCUGCAGAGCAACUCAGGGUUGGGGUGUGUUUUAAUUCUCCUGAUCACUUGAAAUAAUCUGUAGGCUGUGUGCUUAUGGGAGUGGGGGAGAAGUGUGACUCCAGAGUCCUUCCCUUCUGUAAAGCUCUGGGGGUGGAGGAAAGGGCGGCUGCGGCCCUUUGAUGGCACUACACUGAGCUGUCUGUUCUUCUGGAAACCCAACCUACAAUGAACUACAGAUCGGAUUCCUCACAUUCCAGUUGUAGGCUCUCUUUCCCUAUUGAAUCUCAGUCCCCAGCUCCACGUGAUUAUGGUGGUUCUCUGGGAGCCACCCUAACUUAGGGAAUGGGAGGCAUUACAACUCUGCCUUCAGGACUCAUCUCGUAAAAGCAGAAUGAAGCAAAACUACAACCACCUUCAAAACACUUACAAAAACAAAAUAAAGGAUAACUAACUGAAGGAAGGGUUUGGUUCCAUUCAACUCCACAUUCAUUGUGCCUUUACUUGUGUUAGAUUUCUGUGCUUUCUUCCUCUGUCCCUCUUUGAGGCAAUUAAAUCUUCCUUGAUAACUGCUGUUUCCUUCUUUCUUCUCUUGUUUCUGACAAGUGAGUGGGUUCCCUCUCUUAACUGUCUUGACCCUCAUUCCACUGGUGGCAGAGGGGCUGAGCCUUCUCUUCUCAUGUCUAACUGUUGUCUUUUCCCAUGGUGACCAGCACGGGAGCCCUCAUCAACACUGAAUACAAGACUAGAGUGACGUGUGUGAAGAGCGUGUGUAUGUACGUGCGCGUCCAUCUUUGCAUGUCGAUCAGUUUCUCUUUUUAAAAAAUAAUUUAUUGUAUGAUUUAUUUUGGCAUUGUUUCUGAUUACAGUACUCCCUCCCCCACUUAGCAUUGAUUCCCCCCGCCACCCCAAUGUGUAAUCUGGUCUCAGGUUGGAUUCUUUGGUACAUUUCUUUCUUCUGGAUGCCGUGCAGUUUAAUUAAACCUUGCUUAAAAACAAACACAAAAAACCUGAAAACUGUGUACUCUUGUCUGGGAUACUGCUGCAAGUGGUGGCAGAGAGUGGGAAGAAGUCUGCUGUCUCGGGGGUGUCGUGGUUUGACUCCAGGUCCCCUUGAGACAGUAGAAACAAUUACUUGGACAUAAGCAUCUGCAACUUCCUGAGAACUUUCUCUCCUCCCCUCCUGCUGUGUUUGGAAACUCACAGUUCCACUUCGCCAAGCUGACUGAGGGAUUCUGAGAGUUGGUCAUUAUUUGUAUUUGCCACCUAACUCCCCUUGCCCAUGAUUUCAGGGAGCCCAGGGAGAUCCCCCCAGGCCUUGUCUUUAUAUCCCUAAUGGUUCUCUCCAUCUGUGUGCUUGGUAGAUUCACAUACUGAGGUGUGAAGAAAAGGUGAGGACGGAACACAGACUGUGUGUGUCUUUUUUUAUGUGGAUGUUGGCUUUUCUCUCUCACUCCUUUUUAAGUUGGAAUCUUAGCUGACUUCUUGAACUUUGACUUUAGGUGUCGAAAUUGAAUGAGACAGUCUCGGCUUACUGUGGUCAGCUGACAUAAUCACCAUAGAUUUGAUGAGCUUA